AAUGAUCUCAUACUUUCAUUUGCUUUCUCUUUUCUUCAAAACAGAAUUGAGUCCGGAGCGCAUUGCAAAAAUGGACAAAUAUGAUGCUAGGGUUAGGAUGAGACUUGAUAAGAAAAAAUGUAAAAGUGGCAUGACCAAAGACGAACACAAUUUGUGCAUUGAUAGAUUGUUCGCGUUUGCAAGGUUACGCAAGGAGGGGAAACCCAAAGAUGAUGACAUAUUGCAGAAAUAUAUCCAGGAAGCUAGCGAGAAUAGAGAGGCUCUUGUCAAGGCUUCUUGUUUAAAGAGGGACAAGAAAAAGGCCAAGGCUUUUAAAAGGAAGAUCAGCAGGCAGUUACUAAAGAAGUCCUGAUACAAUCAUGUGUUUGUGUGUAUAAUGUUUCUUUUUUGAAGAACAAAUUCUGCAUGUUUCUUAUUAUUAAUCUUCAGUACUAGUAUAAACUAGAUUUUGAAUUACAUCAAAUUACUCUCAUCUUCUUGAAUCCAUCAUUGUGGGUUGCAACAGAUAUUAAGAAUAUCAUGAUAAUCAAUUUACACAAUGAGGAUCCCUAGAGUAGUAAUGGCGGUCUUAGACUUUUUAGUUGAUGGUGUACCAAAAUUGGUCUCAGAACAUUGUAGCCUUCCUUCUAUUAAUGCCAUGAAAGUCAGAGGCCAUGGCAUAUGAU